UCAUAGUCGUGUUCGUGUUUGUUAAUUCCACAUUCAUUAUUGAUGUUGCUGUGUUACUAGUUGCCAUAGCUAAGGGAGGUACUAUAAUUAACCAAAGGCAUGAAUCAUGUGUGGCUUUUAUAGGCAUACCGUGCAAGCUAUGAAACAAGAUAACUAUGAGCUCUCCAGGUCUUAUAAAGAUUUAAUGUAUGGAGAGUAUAACAUUAUUUCGUUGUUGUUAAAGCCGUAAAACUACACCUUACAAGUCCAGUUACCAUUUUUUUUUGAAAGGUUGGACAUUGAGUAUGUAACUUAAGUACGCCAGUCCAUUUUACAUUUUAUGAGCGCAUAUCAAGUUUCCAUCUCAUUGCUGUUGAGGUCAUGCCAAAUAAAUCGGCUGGCUGGCUGGAUGGACAUCGUUAGCCUGGGGAAAAAUGCACAGCAUUUGUCUGUAUUGGAGUUGUUGGGUGGUUCAAGUUCCGUGGCUUUGCCUAUGACCUUUAAUAAUGUAUAGUUUGUUUACUUAAUCGGUUUCGCAAUGACUCAAGGGUAUAUAGAAGCUAUAGGCGCUUACACUUGAUAGGAUACAUGUGCUUGAUAUUACAAAAACUGUGUUAGAAAUACUGUGUAGAACAUUGGCAAUGUUACAUUCUCUUAAACCCACAGAACAGCCCAGAGACAAUCUAACAGUAAGUUCUCACACUGCACUGCAACAUUGUAGAGCUACUAGUUGUUACAGUGUAGCUAAAACAGUUCAUAACAGUGUUUCAUCAUAUAUAGCUUUUAUAACCUUGAGUCAUUUGAGGUAAAAAGGAGAGACACUUUUUUCUGUGCACUGUAACAUUGGCAGUGUCACAUUGUCUAUUCUUGGAACGAUCACACACUGCAACAAUCUAUUGCUAUCCCUUUCUUUCUGAAAUGACUGCUACAGUAACCUAUGGCAACUUAAGCUACAUUUAAUUCAGUUAUGCUUUUAUAUAUUUUAAUUGUAUUUUAACAGCCAAUACAAAAGCACAAAGCCUUUUUAUGACAUAGCCUAUUAUAAUCUCAAGGUUAUCUAGGCCUGUAACCAUUUUCACUAAUAUGUGUUGUGGGAUCAGUUGUCAGUCAUCUGGGUAAAUGUAUCCAAGUGGUAGUGACGAUCGUGUGAAAGUCUUAAAGGCCAUUAAAUAAAAGCAAAUGGUCUGUAAAUACUUCAUGUCAGAUGCUAUCUUCUAACCCAGUGGUCACUUUCUCAGUCAAAAAGCAAGCCAAGAUCUACCGCUCGGAUUUAAAAACAAACAAACAUGACUUAAACAAUGUAACAUUAACCUAAUAAAAACAGUUCUGUAGAAAUGAGAAUUGCGCAGUCGGCCUAAAACAUUAUCACAGCAUAUUGGCUAUAUGCCUAGCCUGGCAAUUGUUAUUUGUUCUUCUCAGACCAAAAAUGUAUUUCAAAACUCAAGCUUUGAUAUUAAAAUAGAUCAGUUUGUGUAGCACUUGCAAGGUACAGCUGAGGGGGACGAGGUCAAAUCAUGACGUCAGUGAUUUUCAGCUCGGAAAGUCAGAGCUCUAUAAAUAAUUCCAGUUGUCUUGAAUGCACUGAAGUCUGAAGUAGAGCAUUUCCGAAUUCGCAGUGGUUUUGAACAUGUCAUUAGUUUCAGCGGAGGGAGAGAAAUAGCAGCCUCUCUCGGUCCCUGUUCUAUCCUUCCUUUCCUCCGGUGAGACUGACCAGAGAGAGGACACCGUCUUCCACCAGAUGGCGAAACUCGAGUCGCACCUCAUCUGCCUCAUGCACAACUUCAUGUUAUUCCUAAAACCAGAGAAAAUGAAAUAUUCCUCGAUAUUAAAAUAUAAAUGACGAGCUGCUAAUAAUAAUAAAAACGCAGGGCUAUCGAUACACUUGUCUGCUCAUUGAUUGCAGCUGCAGCGCGAGUGGACGUAGGGAGACGCGCAUUUUAUGUUUUGUAGCCAAAAACAUUAAUGGGCUCUUUAAUGUUGAAUAAAAACAGUUUUGACAGUGCUGAAUAAAAAGUUAGACAUGUACUGACUCAUAAAAACAGCAACUCUUUCCUUUAUUCUUUGACAGUCUCUCUCUGGUCAUGGUUUUACAAGUCAUGAAAUCUCAGAGUGUUUGGUUCUAAACCCGGUGUGAGAAUGACCCUGCAGAAUGGGCUGGUGUUGCCUGCUGCCAAAAACUGUUCCCAUGCAGUAGCUAGCACAGCAGACUACAACAACAGGAACACCCUGAGAUGGGACCUGACCCCAGACCAGAUCAAGAACAUGACAGAGAGCCUGGUCCAGAGGAUCAAACAGGUCUACGAUGACAUCGGAUCUCUGGAUGUAGAACAAGUGUCCAUUGAGAACACCUUAAAAGCCCUGGCCAAUGCCAAAUUAGAAUAUGCAGCACAACGCCAUGUUCUGGAUUUCCCCCAAUACGUGUCUGCUUGUAAGGAGGUGCGCUCAGCGAGCACAGAAGCAGACAAGAAGCUGUCUGACUUUGAUGUGGAGACAAGUAUGAGGGAAGAUGUGUUUCACAGAGUGAUUGCCUUGCAGGAGAAGCAGCUGGACAAUCUAACGCCUGAGGCCAAGAGAUUCUUAGACCGUCUUAUCACAUUAGGGAAGAGGAAUGGAUUGCACUUGUCAAAGGAUAUACAGGAGGAAGUCAAAAGAUUGUCAAAACUCAUCAGUGAACUCUCAAUCGACUUCAACCAAAAUCUAAAUGAGGAAAACACGUAUCUAACAUUCAGUGAAAAUGAACUAAGUGGCUUAGCGGAUAGCUAUCUGAAUGGUCUCGAGAAGACUGAGGACAGGCGGUACAAGGUAACCCUGGCAUACCCUCACUACUACCCCCUGAUGAAGAGGUGCCACAUGGCAGAGACCAGGAGGAAGAUGGAGACUGCUUUCCAUAGCAGAUGUAAGGAGGUAAACACAGUCAUUCUGGAAAAGCUGAUUGAGCUGAGGUCAAAGGUGGCACAGCUACUGGGUUUCAGUACCCACGCCAACUGUGUGCUUGAGAUGAACAUGGCCAAGAAUACCAACAAUGUGGCAUGCUUUCUAGAUGAGUUCUAUGCGAAACUGAAGCCGGUGGGAAUCAAGGAAAGGAAGUAUAUUCUGGCCCUGAAGAAGAGGGACUGUGCCAUGCGGGGAAAGGCCUUUGAUGGACAGAUCAACGCCUGGGACCUGCCCUACUACAUGAACCAGGUGGAGCAGGUGAAGUUUGCUGUAGACAAGGACAAGUUGAUCGAGUACUUCUCUCUGGAGGUGGUGACGGAGGGGUUGCUCAGUAUCUACCAGGAACUGCUUGGCCUCAACUUUAAGCGGGUAAACAGCGCCCACGUGUGGCACGACAAUGUCAGCCUCUACUCUGUACUGGACACGGCCACUGGGGAGGAGAUCGGCCGGUUCUACUUGGACCUGCAUCCCAGAGAAGGGAAGUACGGUCAUGCUGCCUGCUUUGGGCUCCAGCCGGGCUGCCUGGGGCCUGAUGGGAAACGUAUGCUGCCGGUUGCGGCCAUGGUGGCCAACUUCACCAAGCCUACGAAAGGCUGGCCCUCUCUGCUGCAGCACCACGAGGUGGAGACCUUCUUCCACGAGUUUGGCCACGUCAUGCACGAGCUCUGCUCUAGGACAACGUUCUCAGAGUUCAGUGGGACCCUGGUGGAGACAGACUUUGUGGAGGUGCCAUCUCAAAUGCUGGAGAACUGGGUAUGGGAGAAGGAGCCCCUGAGGAGGAUGUCUCGCCACUACAAAGACGGCAGCCCCAUCCCCGACAACCUGCUCAACAAACUCAUCGCCUCCAGAGUCGCCAACACAGGUCUGAUGAACCUGCGACAGGUAGUGCUCAGUAAAGUGGACCAGUCUCUGCACACCAAGUCCCAUGCCGAAACUGCCGAGGUGUUUGCCAAGCACUGCCAAGACAUCCUGGGGAUCCCCGCUACUCCAGGUACAAAUAUGACAGCUAGUUUUAGUCACUUGGCUGGGGGCUACGAUGGCCAGUACUAUGGCUACCUGUGGAGCGAGGUCUAUUCCAUGGACCUCUUCUUCAGUCGUUUCAAAAAGGAAGGAAUCAUGAACCCCAAGGUGGGGAAGGAGUACAGGAGGGUGAUUCUGGAGGCUGGUGGUUCUGUGGAUGGAAGGGACAUGCUGAAGACCUUCCUGGGUCGUGAACCUUGCCAGGAUGCCUUCUUUCAAUGCAAGGGAUUGGCCAAAGCUGAGGGAGCACUGAAUGGUUCUCACUGACCCCCUCUCACUCCACAUUAAAGGGAUACUUUGGGAUUUGGGCAAAGAGGCUCUUUAUCUACUUCCUCAAAGUCAGAUGAACUUGUGGAUACCAUUUUUAUGUCCCAGUAUGAAGGAAAUUGGAGGUAGUUUUGCGAGCCAAUGCUAACUAGCGUUAGUACAAUGACUGGAAGUCUAUGGGUAUCUGCUAGCAUGCGAGAUUACAUCUAUGUUGUUCAUGCUAGCAGAUACCCAUAGACUUCCAGU